AUGAGCAACAUGCGCGGGGACAACAAGCCGUACAAGUGUCCCCAUUGUGUCAAGGCCUUCGCCAACAACUCCUACCUGGCACAGCACAUGCGGAUCCAUUUGGGCAUCAAACCGUUUGGACCGUGCCAGUUUUGCAACAAAAAAUUCACACAAUUGUCGCAUCUUCAACAACACAUUCGGACACACACGGGCGAGAAGCCUUAUAAAGUGGGUUUUGAUGGUUUUUAUGGUUAUUGAUUUUGACAUUUCGUCCAAUUGUAAAGUGUUUUGGUCAAUUUGUCAUUGUUAUCAAUAUAAAAGUACAAAAUCUUCAAUUUUAAGUUUUUUAAAAUUCAAAAUAAAAUUUUUUUGUGACAUUUUGUUAUUGGUUUUUUAAGUUUUCAAAUUUUCUGUUAUUUUAAAAAUAAAAAAAUAUGAAAAACGGUACAAAAGUUGUUACUAAGCCCAGAUAAAAACAAUUUUUUACAUUAUUUGACAUUUUGCUAUCAAUUUCUAAAAUUAUUCAAAAACCGAUGACGAAAUGUCAACUUUUGGCUUUCUAGAAUUAAAAACACGCUUAUAUAAAAGCCAUGCUAUUUUAAAAUGCUUGUUUUAAAAUUUAAUAUAUUUUGUUAAAAAUGUGACAUUCCGCUCAAUUAUUGAUUUUUUUAGUGUAAAAUCGCUGGCUGUGACAAAUCAUUCAGUCAGCUGUCGAAUCUACAGUCGCAUUCACGUUGUCAUCAGGCUGACAAGCCAUUCAAAUGCAAUUCGUAAGUCUACUUUACUUUUUCUAUUUUCUAUAUACUUUCUGUGUAGUACACUUUCUAUUUACUUUGAUUCAGUAGAUAGUCUUCAUAUAUUAUAGUUUAGUAUUAUUAGGUUGUUCAAGUCAUUCUGUGCCCUUUAGUUUAUGUUUAAAAUCAUAAACAAAAUUGAGAGCACAGAAUUAUUUGAACGACCUAAUAGAAGCUAUGGCACAAGAAAGACAUGCCAUAGUAUACCUAUAUGACAUAGACAAUAAUAAAAAAGGGACCUAUUUUAAAAUUUUUAAAAACUGCCAUUUCAGUUGUUACAAAUGUUUUAACGACGAAGCAGCUUUAUUGGAGCACAUUCCCAAGCACAAAGAGUCGAAACACUUGAAGGUGCACAUUUGCUCGUUUUGUGGCAAAUCCUACACUCAAGCGCUGUACCUGGAGAAACACAUGGCCAAACAUGCGGAUCGGCCUAGAUUUAGGUAAUCUUUUGUUUUUCUUACUAUAAUUUAUCAUUUUUAAAGCAAAUUUAACUUUGAUUGUUUUCUACGGUAGAUUUUUAAAAAUUCGAUAAAAAAUGUAAAACUUUGUUACAUUUUUAAAAAUUUGUGACAUUUCGUUGCAUUUUUACAGAAAAUGUAAAAUUUUUCUAUUUUUACUAAAAGUUAUGCCGUUUUUAACAAAUUUUAAUUUUUUUAAAUUGAUAAAUAAUUUGACACUUCGUUGCAUUUAAACAAAUAUUGUGACAUUUCGUUGCAUUUUUACACAAAAUGUAAAACUUUUCAAAUUUUUAAAAAAAGUAGUGACGUUCUUAAACAAAAAUUUAAAUUUUUGAAAAUUCGGUAAUUAUUGUGACAUUUCGUUACAUUUUUUUAAAAUCGUGGCAGUUCGUUACAUUUUUCGUAUAUAUUAUAUAUUUUUAAAAUCAAAACCUAGAACAUUAAAAAGUAUAGUCUUGGCUUCAAAAAAUAAUAUAAAUAUUGCUUCUUCAGCAAGUACAACAACUACAGCGACUUCUCAGAAAGCAUCGAAGGUCUCAAUCAACUAAACAACUUUAAUCAACUUAAUAAUCUCGGACAAACCUCGCUGAGUAAGUUUAUUACAUUAAGUUGAUUUUUAGGUAGCACUUUUUUAUAAUACAGUACUUCACUGUAAUACAGUACUUCUUUGUAAUACAGUACAUACCCGUUCUAACUGGAGAGAAAUGUUGUACUGUUCAGGCGUUAGAAAAGUUUUGUCGUCAAAUUGCUAUGUGUUGCAUGGGAAAAAACGCCAAAACUUUAUUGAGUUUAGAACUAAGUCAUCACUUACUUUAUAAACUCUAUAGUACUUACUAUACCAACCCUAUAUUACCCACCUUUCAGUCUCUGGCUCAUUUCAAAUCGCGGCGUCGGCGGCGGCCGUAGCCACCUCGUCCGCCACCACCAACACCCAAAACGGUCAAGCAUUAGCGGCCAAUAUCAUCCCGAAUGGCACCAACGGUACCACGUCGACCAACCAAAACAGUGCCACCGCCACCGUGACGGCCACCUCCUACGGCUACUCGAAUAUCGCGAAUCAGGCGAAUCAGAUGAUCGGGAACUCGAUGAACCCGCUCGAGUUCUUUCACCGUUCCAUCCAAAGGGAGAACGUUCAGGCACGGAUGAACGGUCAGGAACGGACAGCGGGGUAAUUUUUUUGAUUUUUUUUGGGGGCGUGGUAAAAUUUUUGAAAAAAAAAUUUAAGGGGUGAUUGAAUAUGUCAGGACUUUUUGGAUUUUAAGGGCGGGGUAAAUUUCAUAAAUUGCAUUUUGGGCAUGUACGGAAAGGGUAAAUUUAAAAAAAGGCAUUUUCAGCAAGUAAGGGCAGGGUAAAUUUUAUAAAUGGCAUUUCGGGUGUGUAAGGGCGAGGUAAAUUAAUAAAAAAAAUAAUUUUUAAGAGCAGCAUUAUCAAAAAUUAAAAAAAUAUCACUUUACUGCUCCAAAACUUUACUUACACCCAACCCAUUGCAGUUUCAACAUGAUCACGCCAUUGGAGAACAUCAAGACCUUCAACCAGAACAACGCCGCCACCUUUAAUAACUGCGCUUAA